AUCACAUUUUCAACAUUGUUCUAAGAUCAAUCAUGCUGCUAUGCUGAUCACGUGUUGAAUCCGAGACUGAAAGUGAUGAGGCCAAUUUUGUAAAUUUACUAUAAUCAAUAAUAUUAUCUUGUGAGGAAACGGAGGCACUCAUGCAGGAAACAAACAAAGAUAUCAUUUCAGUUCUUGUGCUCGUCUUCCGUAAAAGCCCCUAAAGCUGGAAAAUAAAAGGUGAGUGAAAGAUCAGCCGGGAGAUGUAGAGGCAGAAAGCAUGUCUUCAAGGCAAAAGAAAUCUGCUUUACAUGAGAAAUUGAUGCAGCUUCGUGAUGUUACCAAAUCUACUGCUCUGAACAAAACCUCAAUCGUAGUAGAUGCAACCGAGUAUAUAGAGGAGCUGAAGCAAAAAGUGGAAAGUCUGAACCAAGAGAUCGGGACCUCAGAAAUGUCGACUGUCCAAAAUUCAUUGCCUGUGCAGGUUACAGUUGAAGCCCUAGAAAAGGGUUUCCUAAUUAAUGUGUACUCAGAAAAGAAUUCCCCAAACUUACUCGUUUCCAUACUGGAAGCCUUUGAGAAACUUGGACUUGAAGUGCUUGAUGCUAGGGUUUCUUGUACUGACAGUUUCCAACUAGAAGCUAUGUUUGAAGGAGACAAUUCUAAAGGGCACGCCGAGGGCUUGGAUGCUCAGGUUGUGGAACAAGCCGUAUUGCAGGCUAUCAAUAAUUUACAGGAGUGAAAGCCAUUAAUGGGCAAGUGUGUUACAUCGAGUUUAGCUUCAUCUUCUAAAUCUUCUUCCCUGUGAAUUCAAAAAUGUGUUACAAUGAAGGGAAGAUUGAGUGCUUUUAAGAAGUAAUUAAGUUAUCUGUUCAAUCUAGAACCAUUAUUGAUAUCUACAUAUAUAUAAAUAUUUAGCCAGUUUGU